AUGCCCCCGCCCCGGCUCCCAACGCCCACCCGGUCGGCCCAGCCACGCAACAACCACGGGAAGCCGCAGCUCUCCAAGUUCUACCAGUCCUACAGUGAAGAUACACAACAGCAAACCAUCAGGGAGACUUUCCACUUGGUAUCUAAGACAGAUGAAAAUGUUUGUAAUUUCCUAGAAGGAGGAUUAUUAAUUGGAGGAUCUGACAACAAACUGAUUUAUAGACAUUAUGCGACACUGUAUGUUGUCUUCUGGGUGGAUUCUCCAGAAAGUGAACUUGGCAUUUUAGAUCUAAUUCAAGUUCACAAUAUUCUUACAGAAAUGGUGACAGGGGGAAUGGUAUUGGAGACCACUAUGAAUGAAAUUGUUACACAAAUUGAUGCACAAAAUAAACUGGAGAAAUCUGAGGCUGGCUUAGCAGGAGCUCCAGCCCGUGCUGUAUCCGCUGUAAAGAAUAUGAAUCUUCCUGAGAUCCCGAGAAGUAUUAACACUGGGGACAUCAGUAUAAAAGUGCCAAACCUGCCCUCUUUUAAAUAA